GGCAGCAGCAAGCCAUAAAGGACGAGAUCCGCUAGCCAAACGACACUCGUCGUCGUCGUCGCAUCUCCCAUUGCAUUCCACGCACACACACACACCGACAGAGGCAGGGGUAACCGGGUCGACAGGGGGACGACAACAGUGGCUCCUCCUCCCAUCUCUCACACCGGACCCGACCCGACGCACUCGGCAUCGCCAUGAUCCUCUUCAAGUCGCCGCGCUUCACGCGGCUGUACUGCACCUUCUUCCUCCUCCUCGUCCUGGUACUCACGCUCGUCGGCUCGCGAAUCGACCCAGCACGCAAGCGUACCGGCGGCGCAUUGCGCGUCGUCGCUGACCGCGUCGCGCAGCUGUCCUCGCGGCCGUGGUCGCGCGUUGGGGCGGGCGACACGGCGGAAGAGGCACACCGGCGCGCGUGGGAGCUUGCCCGCGCAACACAGUACGCGGGUACCGGCGCGCGCGUGCAGCGUUUCCUCGAGAAGGCGUUGCGCGGGGAGCCGUUCACCGUCGCUGCCAUCGGCGGCUCUGUGUCGAAAGGCCGUGGCCUCACGCCGCCGAAGAGUGCCCAGCCCGAGCCGGAAGGCGAGAUCCACGGCGCGACAACGCUCUACUCGCGCGAAAACCUCCACUUCCUCGUGUUCGACUGGCUGAACGCGACCUUCCCGCAUCCCAACAACCGGUUCGUCAACGGCGCCCAGGGGGGCGUCGGCGCGGGGUACUUUGCUUGGUGUUUCAAGGAGCACAUCCCCACCGACGUCGACCUCGUGCUCGUCGAGCUGGGGAUCAACGACCUCAACCACCUGCGCGUGAUUGCCAAGUACGAGCUGCUGGUGCGCAGCGUGCUCGAGCUCGACUCGGCGCCGGCCAUCAUCAACAUCGAAACCUUCACGACCCUCUUCCACGAGCUCAUCUCCUCGUCGGCACUCCACAACGACGUGCUGGCGUACUAUGACAUCCCGUCGCUGUCCAUCCGCGACGUCCUCCUCCCGCGCCUCAUGGCCGACCCCGAUGUCCAGAUGCCGCGCUGGUUCCGCACCGGCGGCGACGUCUCGCUCGGCGACGACAAGGUCCGCGAGUGGGGUGGCGUGCCGGUCGACCUGAUGCACAUCUCGGCCAAGGGACACGGCCUCGCCGCUGGCCUGAUAAUCAACUACCUCUCGACGCAGCUCGCGCUCGUCGCCCCGUCGACGCCCAAGGGCCUCUUUGGCCGGUUCAGCGCCGCGCGGCUCCGCAAGACGCUCGAACACGUCUACGAUAUCCCCGAUACAUGGCUCACGCAGUCGUUUGACCCGACCGAGCUGCCUGAGCGGCGCGCGCCCGUUUGCCGCUCGAUGAACUCGGCCAAACUGCACAACCGCGUCUCGGGCACGGACGACGUGCCAGAGAACGACCAGGUACGCGGGCUCGUCCUCCACCCGUCCUCGCACGGGUGGGAGCCGUGGGCGUGGAUGGAGAAGCAUUACCUCGUCGCGCGGAAACCCGGCGCGCUCGCCGUCUUCGACUUUGUCAUCUCCGCGCCGCUGCCCGCGACGCAUGACGACGACGACGACGAGGUCAUCGAGGAUCCCUUGGACGUGUACUCUGCCUUCGAGGGCACCGCGACCCGUGCCGCCUCGGUGCGCCGCGAGAUGCCGACCCGUCUCCGCCUCAAGGACCAGGUUGCGGCCCGGCAGGAGCAGCCCACGCGCCGCUCGUCGACCUUCCGCAAGGCGCACAACGAGGGCUCCAGCGACGGCGGUACGGUCGCCAUCGGGUUUCAACGCAGCGCAAACUACGGCCUCGGGUCGGUGCACUGCUGGGUCGACGAGGACCGCACAAAGGGACGCCGCCUCGACGGGUGGUGGGAGAUCAAGGAACGCAACAUGGGCAUCGUGACUGAAGUCGCGACUGGCUUACAGCCCGGCCGCCACCGCUUACAAUGCGAGCUGCUGGCCGACACGCUCGACCCGCUCAAACGGCACGAGUUUAGACUAUUCGCCAUCGUGCACAACUAGGACUGGACAUUGGGAUCUUGGACUCAUCAGGCUCGGCAUCAGAUUCGGCGCAUCAUUUGUACAGCAUCAUCAUAGAACUAUGCAGCAGUGUACAACUAG